AUGGAGAAUAGCCUCGUCUGGUAUUUUGCAUAUGGGUCUAACAUGUCCUCGGCCGUCAUGGCGCGGCGCGGAAUCAAGCCAAUUGACGCCAAGAACGUUGUGAUCAACACACACAUCCUUGUUUUUGAUGUCUUCGGAGUCCCGUUCACGGAGCCGGCCAUGGCGGGAAUAAAACAAAGGCCGGCCGACCAUAGCGAGCCCUCGGUGCAUGGAGUCGCCUACCUGCUCUCGGCGUCCGAUUACAAUCGGCUGAAAGUCUCCGAGGGGGCCGGCACCGGCUACCGGGAAGUCAUGUUGGACGCUGAGGUGGUCGGUGGCCUUGGGGACCUAGAUCAAGGGCCCGCUAAGAGGAGAGGCACUAGUGAUGUCCCUGGCACCGUCGAUGGGGUGGUUUCGCGCAGAAUUCUCAGAGGAGAAGCAGCCGUGUCCAAUCCUACACUCACGGUGUCCACCCUCGUGGCCAGGCACCCUUUUCAUCCUACUCCGCCACCAUUGCCGAGCCUGCGAUACAUGAACUUGCUCAUCGAUGGGGCGGUGGAGCGCGCUUUCCCCGAGACGUACCUACUUUACCUGCAGUCUCUUCCCACAUACACCGCACCGGAAUUAAAUCGGCUCCAUGAAUUCUGUGCCGUUCGUAUGUUCUUAGGCUUUUGGCGUCCGAUCCUGGUUUUUGUCAUGAAGCGCAUCAAGGCUAAGGCCGACCCCGACGAGGACAACGCCUCAGCAUGGGCUGCGGCCACCGUUAACAUCUUGUUCAGGACAAUGUGGGUUUACCAUGAUGCAGUCCAUCGGAAGAUAUGGCGUUGUGACGGAGGAAGGUCUACUGCUCAAUGA